ACCACCAACCCUGAGUAGGAAAAGGUCCGGUAGGAUGCCAGCAGCUGCAGCUUCCUCACGAACUGUGGGCCUGGCCAGCACGUCCACGGUGCUCAAAACACUGGUCCCCCAGAACCUGUUCGCCAUCUGGGAGGUGGACUGCUCCAGCCCCAGCUGCGUGCCCAGGUGGUGUAGUCUCACUGUAACGAAGCUAGUGAUCUACAAGAAGCUGGCCAAGGACCUCAACUCCGUGGUAAUUUCCGUGAGGAUGCGGGACUCCAAGGGCAUCCUGAGGUCCCAAGAGAUUGUGCUGCCCCGCAGUAGACCAGUGCAGACCAACCUGGCGCUCACCUUCUCCCUGCAGUACAGCCACUUCCUCAAGGGAGAAGGUAACAAGCUCCUGAUCAUGCUGGAGCAGAGGAAAUGCUCUAAGAACACAAACGUCCUGGGCUACAAGACACUGGCCUCUGGCGCCAUCCACAUGGCUGACGUCAUGCAGCGAAACCCCAGGUGUGGCCAGAUGGUGAGCCUCUCUCGCAGCAUCAAGGAAUCCUCCACUACGGUGGCCGAGAUCUGGAUCUCCUCCCUGUGCAGUGAGCCCAUGGAACACGAGGACAGUGCCAUGCAGGUCAGCCCUAAGGCCAAGUCGGCAGGUAACUAUGAGGGGCAGGAUGAGCUGCAGGCCAGCGGCAGGGGAAAGCACAGACAGGACCUGGACAAGGAUGCCUUGGAGAAGGGGGAGCCAAAGAAGCAGCGGCCAUCAAUACGAGGAAACCUGAAGCAGAAAGUCCUGGCGCUCACCCUGACCACGCAACAGAACUACCACCAGAAAGUCCUGUUAUGGCUGCGCACAGUCCAAGGUUCGGAGGAGGUCCUGGACCCUGAGCAGGACAAUGGGGAGCAUGUCCCGGAGGUGGAGGAGGACCUGGACCUCCUGUAUGACAUGCUGCCGAACCCCAGUGACAGUGGCACAGACACUGAGGACGAUGGCAGCGUCCUCAGCAUCCCCAUACCUAAGCUUCGGCCAUACUUUGAAGGCCUGUCUAGUGGCCCAGACAUGAAGGACAAUCACAGUGUCCUCAGCAGCCCCAGUCCCAAGCUCAGGCCAUACAUGGAAGGCCUGUCAGACUCCAGCUUGCCGAUGGAGAUGCGGGGCCUCCACAGCACCAGGAUCCAAAAGGAGCCUCUGAGUCUGGCCCACCUGCCUGAGAACGCGAGGGCCCCGGGAGGCAAGCAGCCAAGCCACAGUGACUCCCAACUUGUGGCCUACAGCACACCCACCACGAAGAUUCGAAUGGCCUCCCUGUACCGCCAGCAUAUCGAUCAGGAGGCCACUGCCAUGCCGGACAGCACUAAGGCCCAAACCUCACAUAACGACCUCGCCAGCACAUCUGAGAGCUGCUUCUUUGAGCAGGCGGCCAGCCACAAUGCCGUCCACAGGCAGUCCCAGGAGAAUAACUUGGACAAAGGGAAUCUCAUAGUAAGAAGGAGGUGCAUGAACAGGCAACACAAUUACCACCAGGAAGCAGUGGCAUCUAUGCUCAGGGCCCAAGUGUCGGAGAAGGUCAUAUCCUCAGAACAGGCCCUUGUGAGGCAUGUCCCCAAAGUGGAGAAGGCUCUGCACCGUCGGUAUGAUAUUGUGCUGAGCUCUAGUGACAGUAGCCUAGACACGGAGGACGAUAUCAGUGUCCCCAGCACCCCAAAGCCCAAACUCAGGCGAUACUUUGACAGCAUGUCAAGUGAUAGUAGCUCUGACUCAAUGGCCCACAGAAUUCGCUCCCCUGGGAAGCAGCUGGCACAGCUGGAGGACAACCGGGAGGCAGGGUCCUCCGCCCAGCAUUGGUUCACCAAGAAGCUGCCAUCCAUAGUGCGCUUCACCAAGUCUCUGGUCCUGCCCUCCAGCAGGUCCAAGAGAAAGCAGGCUGGCCACCGGGGCUGCGACACAGCCCAGAAUGAGUGGGUCAAGAGACUGGACAACGAGAGCCCAGACCCAAAGAGCCAGCAGCAGAUCCCCAGGAAGCCCGUCCGUGACCAGCUCAACAACAUCCUCAUUUACCCGGACAAGAUGCCCGAGAACAUCAUCCUGGUCAACACCUGCGACUGGAAGGGCCAGUUACUUUCGGACAUCCUGCAGGGGCACACGCUGCCCGUGGUGUGCACUUGCUCCACAGAUGACGUCCAGGAGGCCUUCAGCAUCAUCGUCUCACACAUGCAGAGAUACUGCAACUGCAAUUCCCAGGCCCUGACGCCUGUGAAGAUGGCGGUGGCAGGGGCACAGCCCUACUUCAGCGCUGUGCUGCGGGUCUUCGUGAGGCAGCUGUCCCAGCAGCCACCCCAAUGGCUAGACUACAUGCGCUUCCUGGUCAUCCCGCUGGGUCCCCACCCCUUGGCCAGCUACCUGGGUUCCAUGGAUUGUCGCUACAAGAACUUCUUCCAGGACCUGUACUGGCGGGACAUGUUCAACAACCUGGAGUCUGAGAACACCUUGCAGGACACACAGGACGUUGUGUCGAGAAUCUCUGAGUACGUUGCGGGGGCCAACUGUGUCUACCUGCUGCCCAUUGCUGAGGCCAUUCUCAUGUCCAAGCAGCAGCGCCCCAAUGAAAAGUCCACACAGCUCAUCCCCUUUGUGGGGGCAGUGAAGGUUGGAAGAGUGGAACCAUCUGCAGCCAUGUCAGGAGGCUCAGAUGAUGUAGUCACCUCAUGCUCCGGUGAGCUUCUGUCCCCUACCGGGAAGGCCUCACCCAACACACUCUCCCCCCCAUCAAUGAGUGGGGGCCUGUCCUCCACCAGCCAGAGUGUCCAUGCACAGAUGAUGGAGCUGCAGGUGGAUUACUGGACAGCAGUCCAGCCAAUAGAUACGAAGAGAGUCGCAGAGAAGAAACAGCUGCCUACCACCAAAAACACACUCAAGUGCUUCUUCCAGUCUGUCCAGGUCAGCAGGCUGCCCCGCAGUGGUGAGGGCACAGCAACACCUGCCAUGUCCAUGACUGUGGUCACCAAGGAGAGAAAAAAGAAGGCGCCCAAGAAAACCACGGACGAGGAUGUGGAGUCCCAAAGCCAGUGCAUCCAGGGCAUUGGUCGCCUGGUUUGCAGGGCCAAGCACCAGCAGAGCAUGCUGCCGGUCGUCAUCGAUGGCGUGGAGUGGAAGGACGUGGCGUUUUUCCAGUUGUCAGCCCAGUGGUCCUCCCACGUCAAGCACUUCCCCAUCUGCAUCUUCGGACACAAUAAUCCCACCUUCUAGCCCUGCCCCUCCCCCUGCCCUUCACUCUGCCUUGGCCAAGACCAGAAGGACCCAGCUGCUUUUCUGUGAACAGUUCAGUUUACUACAGACACAGACCCUGGGAACCCAAAGAGAAUGUGCUCACAGCCUGGAACCUAAGGGGGUUGCCCCUCACUGGGAGCUCCUCAAUGCUCUGUUCAGUAACCAGAACGGUAUGGCGGGUGGGACUCAGGAGGGCAGUGUUGGGCUGCAGCGUCAUGGAAGAUGUGUUUUGGCCUCAGGAUGCCCAACAUUCUCAGUGAGAAGGGUUCUGGCCUUGAAGACAUGCCCUUCCAGGAAGCCAGGACUCUGCUUCCCUGGGAGACAGCUCCAACCUGUGCCCAGACUCAGAGGUUGGCAGCCAGAGGUCAAGGGCUAGCCUCUGAUGGCAGCAUUCUGAGCAGAACUUGGAGUCCAGUCAGCCCAGCCCUGGGGAAACAGCUGCCGGACAGCCAACUGGUCUAGCACCACCUACUCAGGGUUCCCAGUGAACUUCAGCCUCACAGGCAGAAAGAAAAAAGACCUGUAUGGUGCACAUCGCCCUAGCACACUGGCUAGACAAAGUGGUCGAUUACCUGAGGAGGGAACCCACCUUCGUUCCUGUUACUACAGAACAUUUGUUACCACCCAGCAGCUGUGGAACCAAUUAUUUACCAGGUGAGCCCCUCCCCCUCCAGAGCACAUGCUCACC